CAUGUUCAGCACAAUCAUAUUUGCAGAAAGGAGGACGAUCCUUUUCAGUUUGCCCAGCUAUGCGCAUAACUCGAGGAAUGUGCAGAGCUUCCUGUCGCAAACCUGAAAACCAACGAAAAGCAAAAAAACCCACGGAUCUUAGGACGUUGUUGACCAAAUGAAAUCAUAAAGUGAAUGUCUGACGAUGAUGAACAUUCACCUGAAAACUAACUUCAUCGCGAUGUAAGACUUCAGACGUUGACCUUCAGCAUUAAGAGUCACAAUUUGGUUCAUCCUCUAUUAGAGGAUUUCUGUUCCAGACAAGUUUCAUCCUCAUCCUGCCUUUGACAAUGACAUCUUGGGCAACAACAUCUAUGCUGCUGGUGAUUCUGAUGAGAAACUUCAGAGUCGAUUCCAUCAGAUGUCAUCUAACUGAAUACAGGAUAGGAGAAGAGUGCUGUCCUAUGUGUAAUGUUGGCCAUCGGGUCAAAACAGACUGCACUGAGUUUAAAAGGACAAUCUGUCAGACAUGUUCAGAUGGGACAUUUAUGGACCUGCCAAAUGGACUGAAGAGAUGUAAUCCAUGUUCUACCUGUGACUCAGGAGCUGGGCUGAAAGUAAAGCGACAAUGUGAAAUAACUACAGACACAGUUUGUGAACCAAUGGAGGGAUUCUACUGUACAGACCUUAAAUCAGGAGGUUGUUCUGUAGCACAGAAACACAGGAGCUGUGAACCAGGACAUUACAUCAGCAGGAUGGGAACAGCCUCCACAGACACAGAAUGCUCUGAAUGCAGCAGUGGAUCAUUUUCUGAUGGAACAAUGUUGUCAUGUCAGCCUCACACACAAUGUGAAAACAAAAACCUUCAUCUGAUAAAAGCAGGAACAGCUUCAACUGAUGCUGAAUGUGGAGGAAAAAGUUCCAACAUCACAGGAAUUGUAAUUCAAAUGACAAAAAUCGGAGUCAAAUCCUUCAGAUGUCAUAUAACUGAAUACAACAUAGGAGAAGAGUGCUGUCCUAUGUGUCCUGCUGGCUAUAGAGUCAAAACAGACUGCACAGAGUUUAGAAGUACAAUCUGUCAGAGUUGUUCAGAUGGGACGUAUAUGGACCUGCCAAAUGGACUGAAGAGAUGUAAUCCAUGCUCUAACUGUGAUUCAGGAGCUGGGCUGAAGGAAAAGCAACAAUGUGUAAUAACUGCAGACACAGUUUGUGAACCAAUGGAGGGAUUCUACUGUACAGACCUUAAAUCAGGAGGUUGUUCUGUAGCACAGAAACACAGGAGCUGUGAACCAGGACAUUACAUCAGCAGGAAUGGAACAGCCUCCACAGACACAGAAUGCUCUGAAUGCAGCAGUGGAUCAUUUUCUGAUGGAACAAUGUUGUCAUGUCAGCCUCACACACAAUGUGAAAAAGAAAACCUUCAUCUGAUAAAAGCAGGAACAGCUUCAACUGAUGCUGAAUGUGGAGGAAAAAGUUACACCACCACAGGAAUUGUGAUCGGUGUUUUGUUUUUGGUGAUUUUUUUAUUAGUUGCAGCAGCAAUUGUUGUUGUUCUCUGGAAAACUAAAAAAAUUAAAAUACCAAACAUUUGUACAAAACGACAAAAACCCCAAAGGGACCAAGCAGAAGAAGAAGAACAGGGAGUCCGUUUAAAUGUACAAGAAGUGAUGAUACCAAACAUUGACACCACCAGGUUCUCUGAUCAGCACCAGCAGGCAAGACGACUGAACUGUCUUGCAGAAGGACACAAUGACAGAGAUCGGUGAAGCGGGAAUUAAACCAGCAACCUGCCGAUUGCAGGGUGAAGUUUUACCACCAUCGUCAGGAAAUGAAUUACUCCAUGUGAAACCAACCUCAGACAUUUGUACAGUUUUAUAAAAAACCUGAUGAUCCACCAGCUUUAAGAUCAUUUUAUUGAUGUUCAUGUUCUGCUUCACAGGAACCUGACAUGAAAUAUACAUACAUACAUAUACAAAUAUACAUAAAUAUACAUCUGUAUAAUCUGUGCAUAUAGCUUACAUAUUUA